AGUGCAAGGUUGCCUGUGAGAGACCGCCCAAUUGGUUAAGUGAGCUGUGUAGUGUGACAAUGAAAAGCAUUCUUCUAGCGAUUCUUUUGAUUGGGAUCGUGCGGGCGAAUGAUAUCAAUAAUGGGGUAUCAACAGAAGAAUCACUAAAACGCGGCUUGAGCAACAAAUGCGCGUCACGAGAGACCUCAUCAUGCAUCGCCGUGGAGCUGGUUGGCUACGUCGACAGGAUGCUGAGGACAGCUGCCUUCCAACUCAGUGACGAUAUGAUGAUCGUCGAUGAAAGCAAUGGUGCAGCUGCUGAGAUCCCAGUGAAACCAGAGUCCCUCGCGAGAGCAGGCACAUCAUUGGAAGACCAGGCCCAACAGGUCAUCAUGGAGAAACUGUGGAACUUCGCGACCACACGGUCUUUGAGAUACAGGAUUCUGGACAACACAGAUGUCGUGAUCGCUGGCAGACAGGAGAAAGAUGGAAGCCUUGGUGUAGGAGUAUCAAUGAAAGCGCCAAAAGUGUUCGAAAGCGGCAGACAACGCAACAAGAACAUGGGACCGUUCCUAGCAGCGGCGGCUAUGAAGUUUGGCCUUCUAGGGGCCCUCACGUUCAAAGGCCUUUACCUUAUGGUCGGAAAGGCCCUACUCAUCUCCAAGAUCGCUCUCUUGCUCGCGACUAUCAUUGGACUGAAGAAAUUAUUCUCUCCUCAGGCUAUCAUCAAAAAGGACUAAAUCAUAUCGGUGAAUGGGACCUGACGGAGAUUUUGGCCAAGGAUUAUACCAGAUUCUAACAAAUAAUCGCAAAAUUGGGAAUUAAUUCUAGACGUUUCUAUAUACGUAAUAAGUUUAUUUACAAUACAAUUGUUUUACAAUCGUAUUACAAUCGUGUUACAAUCGAAUUACAAUCGUAUUACAAACGGUUAUUAUUAAUUCCUAACAUUGCAGUACCCGAUAUAGGUAUAUAACGAAUGUAAAUAAUAUUUAUUUAUUUAUUUUAACUAAGACAAAUCUACUAACUUGUACAAUAUACUAGUUUCGCAUUUAAAACUAAGCAUUUGCUUGGUAAAUAACAUGAGAUGUACUAACAAUUAUGUAUGUGGAUUAAAUAAUUAUUCACUAACAAUGCAUUUAUUUGAUAACCCUUAACGCUUUUUAUGAAACCACUAUAUCCUAUCCCUAUACCAAUAUUAUUAAUACGAAAGUUUGUGAGGAUGGAUGUGUUAUGUGUAUGUUUGUUACUCUUUCACGCAAAUACUACUGAACCGAUUACAAUUAAAGGUAACCUGGAUUAAAACAUAGGAAAGGUUUUAUCCCGGAAAUCCUACGGGAACGGGUACUAUGCGGGUUUUCCUUGAAAACGCAGGCGAAGCCGCGGGCGGAAAGCUAGUAGAAUAUAACAAAGUCGCUAUUCCUAGCUAUCCUUCCGUAUACAUGCUUAAAUCUUUAUAAAUACUCAGCGAAUUCUGAUGCGGUUUGUUUUAUAGAUACAAUGAUUCGAAGUUUUUAGUAGGUAUAUCAUUUAAUUAAGUUUUAGACAAAGCGUGGGAAGUCGCAGGCGAAAAGCUAGUACAUAAUAUAUUUGUCCUAGUAUUUAUAUAACAAGAGAUUUAACAUUUACUUAGGCUCUGUAAUGACCUUAAAACCUAAC